AAAAAUCAAACCAAAAUGUAUCAACAACAAGUGAACAAUAACAACAACAACAAUAUUAGCAGUACACUUGAUUGCUGUGAAUCGCGCACAGUACGUACAAUUAACGCAAAAGAAUAUUUGCAACGACAACAACAGCCUACCGUCAAAGUGUUAACCUGCGGUGUUGCGCCAUUGGUCAGUGCAUUAGAUUUCACCACUGAAAGUGUCAUUACAGGCAAAAAGUCAACGCAAAUGCAAAGCGUGUGUCAAGCGCAUUCACUCAAAUGGAAGCCCAUGAUGAGUAAGUCAAAAACCUUUGCACUCCUGCCAAUAAUUUGCAUUAUCAUAUGCGCACAAAUUUCUACGACUUCAGGUCGCACAUUGCCCGGAAGAAGACAAUUCUUACACACAUUGCGAAAUCGUAUGCAACAUCGUAUAAAUCUAAUGGGGUACGAACGUGCAAACGCGCCCAAACUUAUGCAAGCGCGUCAUCACCGUAUUGUACGUUCGAAUGACCAAAUGAUGUGUCCCGAAAAUUUUGAACAUUUUUUAACAAAAUUGAAAUAUCAAUCAAACGCAUCGCACCAAACACUUAAGGGAGAUAUAGAUACUUUUACGAAAGUGCGCUUCAAUAAUGUAGCCCUUAAUGCUAAUAUAGAGUGGAAUAUGCACAAUUUAAACCUAGAACAUCCAUAUUCGAGUUAUAUUAACCGAACCUUUGACACUAAAGGGCACCAGUACAAUUUCCCGCAUUUAGAGAAUCAGGCAAUGAGUACAGAAUUGUUUCGUGCGGAAAUGUUUAAUAUACUUAAAACAUUGAGAACUUUGAAAAUCGUCUAUAAUGAUACCGUAACCGACAACAACCAGAACGAGUGGAAGGGUAAAUAUCAACAACACCAAGAAAUGAUCAACUUUUUGGAAAAGACUUACGACGAGCUGACUAAAACUGAACAAUAUGUCAAACUUAUAUUGCAUAACCCCGAUGUGCCAAGAACAACAGCCAAAUACAAUGAAAGCGCUCAGGUGAGAGAAUGGUUGUUGGUGGUGGAGAGCGUAAGCUUUUUAGAAUAUCUAACUCAACUCUGCCAAAAAAUAAUGGAAAUGUGUAAAUGAAAGAUAUAAUCUCACAAACAAAACAAAACAAAAGCAACAAACAAAUAAUGUAUGUAUUUAUGUAUAUGCCUAAGAGGCCGUCACUCCGUUAUUCAAUCACAAUAUUGUUGAAUGCAUUCGUGUUUUUCAUACAGAUUUACAAAGAAUUUCAGUGUGUGCGAUUUUUAGCUAAAGACUUCUAUAUAUAUAUAUAUGUAUAUGUAUAUACCAACAAUGACUUAUAUUUUAUAAUUAUGAAAGAAGAGCUAAUGAUUUUUUACCUUAUGACAAUUAUGCAAUUAUUAUUAAUUACAAUUUUUAAUUUAAUUAAAAACAGUUUAUUAGAGAAACUUGACGUUGCGAGUUCGCACAAAAUUUUCGUUUUUUAAAUUGUAUCGAAUUUUGUAGAAGUUAAAAAAACCAUGAUCCCAAAGAAUACUUAAACGAGGCAUACAAAAAAAAAAAAAUAUAUAUCUAAAAAAUAUGUACAUCUAAUACUCUGUAAAUUAUUAAAAAAAAAAGAAAAAAAAAACAUUCUCGUAUACUUUCAAAUAUUUCGUGACGCAUACAAAAUUGUAAAUUUACUUAGUAUAUUUUGAAAUUAUGCUAUUUAUACCAUUAAAAAAAAAGUUACCAAAAAUUAUAAUACUAUAAUAUAUAUACAUACAUAAAUCUAAAAAAAAAAAAAACUUGUAAAAUAUGUACAAAUGUUAUCAAUGAUGCUUAUUACUUAAAAAAUGCCAGUUAAUAAUGUAAUUAUAUCAUAG